AUGAGCAACGCACACUGUGUCUUUGUGUGUGUCUCUCUGUCUCUCUGUCUCCCCCUCUGUCUCUCUCUCAAACUCUCUCUCUCAAACUCUCUCUCUCUCUCUCUCUCUCUCUCUCUCUCUCUCUCAAACUCUCUCAAACUCUCUCUCUCUCUCUCUCUCUCUCUCUCUCUCUCUCUCGCUCUCUCUCACUCUGCGCUGUUUGAGGACACACACCACACCUCAAGCAUGCGGUUCUCCAGCAUGCUGCGCUAUGCGCGUCGCCUGCCCAGCAGCAGCAGCAGCGGGGGCCGCUCGCUCGCCUCUGCUGCCCGCAUCCAACCAACAACGGCGGGCUUGGCCCCGACCUUGAAUCCUCAGCUGCGCCAAGCCUUGCUUGCCCGCUCAGCUCAAACGCUAGCCCCAGCUGCCAUGCGCCUGGUCACAGCGGCUCCUCUUGCCGCAGCCGCAGCCCGCAGCCUCGCCACGCGCGCAGGCCACGGCGAUAAGCGCGGUCCCCGCCCUGCGCCCGAGGCCCAGCGUGCCUUUGAAGCCCUGCGCGACCAAGAAACACUGGAUGCUGCCAGCCUCCAAGAAUUCUUUCAGAACUGCGCCAAAGGCCCUUUCAGCAAGGUCCCCACUGGUGCACGCGCCACCAUGUUGCAUGAGCUUGUUCAAAAAGCCUACGACCAAAACGUUACCUUGAGCCCAGACAUGCACGAGACUUAUCUCCGCACGCAUACCACAACUCCGCGUGCAUACCUGCCUUUACUUCGCUCAAGCUCACCUCGCCUUGUGAGCAGCACCAUGCUGGCGGCAAACGAAGAGGCCCCCGUCCAUGCCAUCUACAAUCUCCUUGCGGCUCAACAACUGCCACUGUCGCAGGAGCUCGUGACUGCGCUUAUGCGAUCCUUUGUUGAGACGGGCGAUGUUGAGCUAGUUGACAGUUGCGCCGACAAGCUUUGCAAAUUUCGUCCUGAUCAAGCACCUUUUCCUCAUCAGUCCGCCCUGCAGGGUACCAUGCCCAACGAGGCUGUUCAUGCAACCGUGGCCGUCCGUGCCAAGGACGGCGAUAUCGAUGGCGCGCUGGCCAAGCUCCAAGAAAUCAAAUCGCGCCAAUCACUUGACCGGAGCCGCGCGGCAUAUGUCACCAUCAUGACACAUGCCCUGGACCACAAUGACCUUGCCAAGUGUGAGCAGGUCCUGACCUCGAUGCGCGAAGCUGGUGAAGGCCUCUCUGAGCGUCUCCUUCAAGACUAUUUGGCCUUCAAGGCUUCGCGUGGCGCCACUGAAGAUGUCCAGCAAAUCAUCUCCGCGCUCAGUCAGAUGCUCAAUCGCUCCGACUCGACGUUGGAGACGGCCUUGAUGAACCACGUCAUGGCUCUGCAGAUCCCAGAGGCUGCCAACGCGCUGCUCCAAAUUGUGCGCAGUGUAAAGAACGGCAACGACCGCGCUCGGCUCUUUGCCGUUUACGCCCGUGCUGCCAUGAACACGUUUUACCUGAAGCACGAUAGCAUGGCGCUGGCCCGUUUGGUUGAACUUCUCGUGGCCAUGCCCGAGAUUGAACUCAGCCAUAUCUAUCUUCACUUUGCCUUUGAGCGCUUGGCCAAGUUGGGUGAUGAAGCCGCGCUUCAAAAGGCCUUUGUUGCCGUGAAUUCUCGCCGCGAUCGCUCCUUUGUGCGUGCAUUUGAGUUACGCUACACCCUCCAGUGCCGCCAAAACAAUGCCACGGGAUCGUUGUCCAAGCAAGACGACUUGGGAUCCAACGACAUGUCUGUCAAGCUUCCCACACUUCACCAAGCCGAGGCCAUGCCUUUGCUAGCCCGAACUUUGGCUCGCACUUUUUGCUCUUCACCACGCGGCCCUUUCAAUGCCAGCAACUGCCAACGCUUCUUUGAAGCCUCUAGCCUUCGUUCUGCCACAGAUUAUACCGUGCCUUUGAGUCUGGCGGCCACCGAACAGGGACCUCAAACCAUCGAGGAGGUAGUUGAGAGCUUGACGCAGGCCAACUUGCCAGCAACCCGUGCCUUCUACUUGGCUCACAUCAAUGCCGUUGCCAACCGCCCUUCCGCCUCGGCUGAGCAAGCCCGUGCUCAAGCGGAGGAGGUCAUUCGCACAGCCCUGGCCGAUAAUCAUGUUAUAUCUGGAGGUGAUCUUUUAGCCCCUCUUGUUGGGGCCAUCGCUCGACGGGAAUCCGUGGCUGCGGCCUGCGAUUAUGUUGCCAGCCUGCCUGAACAUCCAGACUUUGCCAAUUUGACUGUGCCCGAGUCCAUUUUUGACGACCUUCUGCGAGCCUGUAUUGAGCAGCGUGACCUCGCCACGGGCGUGCGGUUGCUCAAAAUGAUUAAGACCCAACUCUCCGCUAAGACCUUGGCCAGCAUGAUGCGCUUUUAUGCCCUGGCCAGUGGUCAACAGGGUGUCCGUCUACUCCUCAGCCAGGUUACGGCCCCCCGCUUCAACCUGGACGCACAGAAGUGGGCCUUAGGAAUCAGCGCUGAGCGUAGUGUGGAUGAUUUUGUUGGCACCCUCGCUGCUUUGCGUGAGCACGGCAUCAUCAUUGAUCAGAAAACCCUCUCAGAUACAAUCCUGGCCCAUAGCCAAAGCAACGGUCCCAACGCCGGUCGCGACCUGCUUGCAGUUGCCACGGAUCUUGAUGACGUGCAUCGGAUGGAGACGACACUUUUGCUUGAUGCCCAAGCUCUCCAUGCUGGACAAAUGCCUGUCGAAGGCUUCUUGGAGGCCGUGAAGCAAGCGUGCACCACCAGCCCAGUGGCUGUUAAGAAUACCGCCAAGGCCGUUGGCGACAUCCUCAGCCAGCGGGGUUCCGCCGCCAGCUUCCAAUCUUAUCUCAACCUGCUGGUUGAUGAAAAUCUCAUCUCGCAGAAAGAGGCUAUGCGCCGUGUCUUUGAUACCUCGGUCCACUCCAAGGACAAGUCACUGCUGCUCAAGAUGCUCAUGCGAGCCGUCGCCUCGGGUCAACAGCUUCCCCGUUAUGAUCUUCAGCCCCUGGUGGAGCCCAAAGUGCUCAGCACGCUGAAUGUGGAGCAACACUGGGAACUUUUGACGUUGUUGUCGCACGGCGAUGGUCAGAUGUUCCUCUCAAAGGGGCCCCGCGGCCAGCGACUGAUUUGUGAAUCCAUCGUUGAUUUGACAAAGGCCUCGACUGGGGGAAACAACAUGCUCGCGGCUUUGAAGAAACAAGCGGCUCAGCACGGCGUGGCCGUUGAAAACGGCAGUCUGGCCUACUCGCUGGCCAUGGCAAUGACGAAGAAGGGUUUCUCGGCGGACGCCAAGCAGCUGAUGAGCAGCAGCGAGCUGAACAGUGCUCAGCGGCUCAACUUUGCCCACGAGGCUGCUCGUGUGGGCCAUUUUGACAUGGCUGUCGCUGUGCUGCCACGCAACGCUGAUGAUAAGAUUGACCGCAAGCAGUAUCUACGCCUCCUACGCGAGUUCAUGAGCGCCACGGAAGUUGAUAUGCGCCGCUUCCGCAAGCCGUCCCAGCGCCGUGACCGUGUACACAAGGCCCUCGACUCUCUGCGUGCCUCUGAGCGUCAGGACUUGAGUGACGCCGACAUUAUUGGGCUUGUCGAGGAGUUCCCGCAUGUUUCUUCGCUGACGCAACUCUUGGUUCAACGCGUGACCUUGGCCAGCAACAUGAGCGAAGAAGCCUACGAACGCUUCAUCACAUCCAAGUUGCGUGACGCACAGAUUCCACCCAGCCAAGUGCCACAAGUACUGGACGUCAUCCGCUCACGCAAACCAGCCAGUCCUGAAGCUCUGCAUCAAAUUUUCUACUUUGUCAGCGAGCACGGCGAACCGCAGGAAGUUCAAACUUACCUGCAGAUGGUCAAGGAAACUUGCAACAACGAUCCCGAAACCAUGGUCCGCGUAGCCAUGGGCUUGAUUGACGUCAAGAACGACCAGGCUACAUCUGUGAUUCAAGAGAUUCUGCGUGAGUUUGUGCCAGAACCCAAGACUCGGGCUGAAGCCAUGCUGUAUGCACGCUUGGCUGCUCGUAUGAAGGAUGAUCAGGCCCUCAUUCAGUGGGGCGAAAAACUUAACGAGGACUACAAAGUGCAUAUCACGGGUGAUUUACAAAUGGAGCUGCUGGAGGCCCACCUCCGUUCGGACGAUUAUGACGGCGGACUGAAACUGAUCGAGGAAUCGCUUCGGGACAAUCGUCCGCGUGACAUUUUGCGAUUGACCCAAGCACUAUUUCGGGCCAAUCCGCCGCAGGAGGUUGUCAUUUCAGCCCAUGACGCUGUGUUCCGCACGCUGAAAGAAAUUCCUCCAUUUUACUGUGCAGACCUCUUUCGCAAGCUUUUCUCGCUACAGCAGCCGAAGCUCGCGGUACAGGCCUUGCACCAGUUACAAGCACGUGGAACUGCGGCUGGCAAGCGCCAGAUCACGGGGCAGUUUGUGCGUGCUGCAAUGUCGCACGGCCAAACGGAUGUGGCCAUGGAAGUGCUGAGCGGUGAACACGCCAGUUUUGCUGCUUUCCGCCACAUUUUCCAGCGCUGCAUCGGACGCAAGGACGUGCCUCUUGUUGAGGAUGCCAUUUAUUUGCUCAAGAAGCAGCGCGAAGCACAGAUGGUGGAGCUCAAUCGGGCCGACUUUUCCGAGCUGCACGCCAUGCGUCUCCUGACGUACUGGCAGUCCGGUGAGCUGGGCAAUCAGAUCACUGAGCUGAUCCGCGCCGCCGAAGCCGACCGCGCUGUGAGCGUGCUCUAUGCUGAGAACAUCUUGCGCAAGAUGCAUGAGGCCGGCGAUGUCGACGCCCUUGAACUAUUCUCAACUUCAGUGGCUGCCAUUGGCUUUGAGUCCAUUAUCAAGGAUGCGGCUGCUGCUAUUCUCGAAGAGAAGGCGCCCGCCACAGCCCAGUAGAGCAAUCACAGUUUCUUGAUUUUUUCACGUUGCCCUCUGCCCGCGACCACUCUCCGCUUCUCUUUUUUACAAAGUCUUUUUUACCUUUUUUUCUUUUUGCAAUGCCACCUCGACUUGUCCACUUCGACUGAUCACCUGAAUCGCUUUUCACUCCGAGCAAACGAGCAGACUCACUCUG